UGCACCAUUUACAGACACUAGUAGAGCCCUAUUGAUACUGGAUUUGGCAGAUCUGUUUACAUAUUUGAGAGUAAAAGAAAACUGGCCCGAGCAAUACAUUUGCUUAUAUUUGUUUAAUAACAUUAUGUUUUUAACUAAAUAUCAAAAACCAACAGUUUAAGGAUCCCUUAAAAUGGGUAAUUGACAGCAGAAACUAUUAAUUGAUGAUUAAUUAGUAAAUAGGCAGACUAUUUUCUCUUUACUCUUUAUGUUUUCAGUCGUUUCUUAAGCAAAAAUGCCAGACAGCUUCCUAAAUGUGAGGACUUUCAUCUUUUCUUUGUCAUAUAGUGUAGUAAGCUGGACAUCUUUGGGUUGUUGACUGUUAAAGAACAUGCAAUAUGAAGACAUCACCUCGGGAAAUAGAUCAAUCAAUGAUGACUAAGGAAAAUAAUGCUGCUGUAAAAGAAUUCCAUCCAAAAUAUGUGGAGCGCAUUCUCUGUUCAGCACACUAUGUAGCUGAGACCCUGUUUCUAAAUGACCUCAAACAUCUUUGGCAUAUCUGUACUGCAAUGUCUUCUUCCUUAUAGGCCGACAUGUUUGCCGAUACCACAAUUUCUGUGACGAGGCUAAAGUUAUAAAACUACACGUGCAUUACAUAAUUAUUUAUAAUACAAUUAUUACUUAUAACUGUCCUGCUUUGUUUAUUUAAAGUAUCCCCAUUAGCAGAUGCCAUGGGAAUCAGCUAAUCCACCUGGGGCCCCCGCCUGACAUACUUUACAUAACACAUUACAUUAAAUUGCAUUAAUAUAUAUAUUAACACACCUCCUCAAUAUAUUGUACAUUAAUAAAUAUUUUUUAAAAUAAAGGAAAAUGCAUUCAUAUACUGUUCAAAGCCACCUCUGAACAUACAAUUAGGUGAAAUACUAAGUGACAUGUAUAGAUAGGAACAGAAUAGAUACAGGAACAGGAAAAGUCUUCUGAUGUCUUUUGACUGUCGUGUGUCCACGCUGCCCCUCCACUGCUACUCACAGUGACAGCACACCUGAAUGAAGGCACUCCUCCCGCUGACUUCAUGCGUGCAUGUGUAAUCUCUUUAUCCGCGCUGCUCAGCCAGCGUCUAAAGGAGACAGGGAGCUAAUCUCUAUGGGAACAUUGGGUAACACUGUUGCAUAACAUUUCAUCUUCACAAAAGCCAGGAGAUUGACCUUAGCUGCAUAACACAGCCGUUCCUCUCACCCAGGUGUGUUGUGCUAAACCUGCAAACCAAAGCAUCCUGGUCAUAUAUACUGUAGAUACAAAUACAUGUGCAUAUUUUGUCGUCUGUUGCAACCUUUUGGCCUCGUCUUUGCCACCCUGAACUGAUGUUAGUCAUUUGAAGGGAUUGGGACGAACCUAAAUUAAAACAGGAUUAGAGUUCACAACACCGCUUUAAUCCUCCGUCCCUCAUUGAGUUGGGAGAGCAGGUGAAGACAGGGAGAGGUGGGCUGUGAGGGGUGUGGCCAGGGAAGCCAGAGAUGACUGUCCACCUGACUGAUGGGUGAAACACACACGCGCCUCCCUUCCUGUGUUCUCGGCCGUCAGUGUCCAGUGGUCCGUUAGUAAGGACAGAGAAUGAGGCGACGGCGGCGUUCGGCUCGCAAGGAUAGGAUUUUCUUUGUCAGUCAUGUAAUUGAGAAGAAAGUUCACUUUUCGGGGUCCUACCGGGCUGAAAGAAAGACUUUUUGUAUUGCUGCUUGCAAUGACUUCCACGGCUGUGUUUUGAUGCAGAGCAGCAAUUUGCGAACUUGAUGACCUUCAGCCUGCUGCAGAAAAAAUGCCUGGAAGGGAGUACCAGGUGACGAGCACCAAGCGCCACCACAGCCUCUACAGCCUGACGGACAGCUCCGAUGUCGGCCCCGAGGACGAGGAGGCCGCCGUCCCGCUGCAGCUCACCCCCCUGCAGAAGCUCACCACCGACAUGUGCAAGGACGACAAGACCAUCAAGGAGCUGAUCAUAGGCCGCAGGGUGGGCUUCUACAAGGUCCGCGGGGAGAUCGGCUGUGGGACCUUCUCCAGAGUCAAACUGGCGUUCCAUGCUCUGACUAAAGACAAAGUGGCCCUGAAGAUUGUCGACAAGACGAGGUUGGACCUUCAGGCCCAGCGUCUGCUCUCCAGGGAGAUCAGCAGCAUGGAGUGCCUCCAGCACCCCAACGUGGUCCGUCUGUACGAGGUAGUGGAGUUGCCGAGCCGGCUUUACCUGGUGCUGGAGUACGCAGGAGGAGGAGACCUCCACAACAGGAUCUGCAACGAGGGAAAACUGUCUGACAACACCAGCAAGACCACCUUCGCCCAGAUCAUUUCUGCCAUCAAAUAUAUGCACAACAUCAACAUCUUUCACCGGGACCUGAAGGCGGAGAACGUUCUGUUCACCAGCAACGGCUGUGUGAAGGUGGCUGACUUUGGAUUCAGCACGCGGGUUCCAAACCGCAGCGACAUCCUUGACACCUUCUGUGGCUCUCCGCCCUACGCCGCCCCCGAGCUCUUCAGGGACGAGUGCUACCUGGGGCCCCCAGUGGACGUGUGGGCCAUGGGGGUCCUGCUUUUCUUCAUGGUGACCGGCACCAUGCCGUUCCGAGCUGAGACCUUGGGGAAGCUGCGGCGCUGCAUCAUCGAAGGCGCCUACACCAUCCCUCCCUGGGUGCCCGGCCCCUGCCAGAGGCUCAUCAAGGGCAUCUUGAAGGUGGUCCCUGCUGACCGUUACGCCAUUGACCAGAUGCUGGGCUGCGAUUGGCUCUUACCUGUCGAGUUUCCCUGGUUGUGUAUGCCUCACGAUUCAGCGAGCCCUAUGCAGACACUGCUGGACUCAGAGAGCGGGGACAUGGAGGAGCAGCAGGAGGAGGUCAGGAGCACGCUGGAGGAGCUCGGCUUUACCAUGGAGCACCUCCGGAACAAUCAGCCCAGAGACAGCCGCAGCCCUGUCACCGGGGUUCAUCGAAUCCUGCUGCACCGAGCCCAGAAAAGGAGGGGCUACGACACUCCCCCAGUGGUCCGAGGGAUGGUGAGGGACCCCAAAAGGGAAGGGCUCCGGGCCUACAGGGGCCUCAGACAUACCUCCAAAUUCUGUGUGCUUUCAUAACACACUGCUGGAGACACUUUUUUAUACAGACUUCUAUUUUUAUUUUACUUUUUUAAAAUGUAAUUUGACAUUGUUUAUUGGAAAGUGGCUUGUAGUGUUUUACUGACAAUAGCUUUUUCACAGUUUGUAGCUUCUGAUACAUUUUUAUUUUACUCUUUCCAAGGCAUCUUUAUGGGAUAGCCUUAGGUAUAUGUAAAAGUGCCUGAUGAAAAUGCAGAAAAGUUGUGAAAGCAUCUAUAUACAUUCAACUAAAGAGUGAUUUUUCCUUCUCAAAUGUUUUGAUUUAAAGGAUUUUUAGAGGCGCAAAGAGGUGAAAGCAUCCAGUUUUUACAAAGAAGAAAAGCAGAAGUUAGAGAAAAAUUUUAAACAGUAAUUUUCUGUAACUUUUCUCUUGGGACCCUCAGAUCUAUAAAAUAAUCCCAAACACUCUUGCAAUUUCCCAGAGCACAAAAACAAUUAGUAAUUAGUUAGGAUGUAAAACGAAAAAAAAUCUGCAUUGAUUAAUGUUUCAUUUUCUGUCCAUCAACGGAUCCAAUAAAACUAUGAUGCAAAA